AUGAGGCUUUUCAUAAAUGUAUCCUUUAUCGUGCAAGGUGAUGCAAUGCGAAUUGAAAUUCUGCUCGUCGGCUGUAACCAAGUUCGAAUAUGGUUAAUACUUGAUAAGGCAGGUAACGCACCUAUAGGUGGGAGAAAUGGGUUAGACCGCGUCUGA